AUGGUGUGUGAGUGUGAGGAUAAAAUAAGCACAGACAGAUACGUGAUUCUACUGAGAGAGGAUGUGACCCUUCUGAAAUCAAAGUUGGUCAACGUCAACGCCGCACUAGAACAACGAAUGGCGAGUUUGAAAGAAACUGUCUCAGGAAUCAACACAUCACUUGAGGAAAAAUGCCAGUCUGGGGAGUUUGGACCUCACCAUAACCCACGUCCGUCUUACCCUGUGACCUUGACCAUCAACUUUCAGCCAGCCUUCAAGAGCAAGCCGGCUAUCGUUUAUGGACUGAAGGUCUUGGACUCUGCCCAUAAUACAAAUGUCCGUGUUAGAGGGUCAAUUACGGAGAUGACCAAUGCAUAUUUUAAGUUUAAGAUCUCGGAAUGGGCCGAUACUGUUAUGUAUGGCGCCAAAUUUUCGUGGAUGGCAUGUCCGAAAACAAACACCUAA